AUGAAAAUUCCAGUUUCAGAUUUGAAGAAAAGGUGGAAACAUUUGAGAGACCAUUACAAGAAAAAAAAGAAAGCAGCAAGUGCAGGCCAAGCAAGCAGUGAAAGCACAUGGGAAUACAUGUCGCAAUUAAACUUUCUGUCACAAGUUCCAUCACAAAGAAAUAGUAUCACAAAUACAGAAGUUGUUACCGAAAUAGAGAUCCAGCUAAAUAAAACAUACCCCCCGAGUGGAAGUACACCUCAUGAAAUUGACAAGCAAAAUGAAACUAUAUCUCAAGAGUCUUUGGAUAACGUGAGUUUAGCUCAAGAUCCUGAAGUAAUCAAUAAAUGUUUAAAAAACACAGAGGAAUCUAUGGCCCCACCAAUAAAAAAACGUAGGAAGUGCAAUGAAAAUUCUUCGGCUUCUAUAGUAAAACAAAAUCAAGAGGAAAGAACUCGUGUUCAUGAAAAAAUAUUGAAAUCUCCGGCACCAAAAAAGUCUUCCAUACAUAAAUUUUUUGAUGCAAUGGCAGAUAUUGUUUCUGAAUUCCCACCACAUCUUGUUGCUGAGGCUCGAUUAAAAGUCUGUCAGGUGGUAAAUGAUUUAGAAAUGAAGAAGAAUAACAACCAAUUUGUUUGGUCAUCUUCUUCUUUCUCAGAUUCUUCUGACAGUUCAACUAAUUUAUAA